UUUUAAUUAAAUAGCAUUGUGGAAUAAUGCUUCGACGAGGUUUGCAAGCGAUUUCGAAAUCACUACGAUUGGAACCGGAUAAAAUAUGCAAAGGAAGAGACUUUAUAGGGAAUAUUUACUACGAGACUCCGCCACAAAAAUAUUAUUUUGGACUCAAAGAAGUAUUUAAAACGAAAAGAUCAGUCGAUACUCCGGUGAAAGACCCACAUCAACGAGAUAUAAUUGAAUCGGGCCGAGAUAUUCCCACAGAAUGGUUAUCUUGGCUUCAAGGGAGAAGGAAACUUCCUCCAACAGAGCUAGAAGUUGAAAACAAUUUACUUAGAAUGCGAAAAAUGAAAGAAAGAGUGAAAUUUUUAGAUGAACAGCAAAAAAAAGAAAAGGAUAUACCAAAAACUGAAGUUCCUAAACCUAAGAAAAAGGACCCAGAUCAAGCUGAAGUAGAAUCCUGGGAUCCCAAAUGAUAUUAAUUCACCUUAACUCCUUAGUGGGAGCAGAGCACAUGAAUAUGCUUGAACAAAUACCUCAGAAAAUAAAAUGGAAGUAAAUAUCCUUUGUUGCCUUAUAGUGUUGUGCAUUUCUCAACUCUGAAUUUAAUGAUCUGUCUGAAAAUUCAUUGGGCUGUACAAGUGUGAUGUUUUUUUAGAGUCUCGAAGUGCUAAUAAUUUCUAUGGUCCCUUCAUUCAGAGUGCUCGUGAUCGACAAGCAAAGUACAUUUCUGACUAAAAAUUUAAUAAUCUGCUCCACCCUUUUUUUCACACUAAAGAGAUCUGGAACCCAUAUAAAAAAUUGCACAUAUUUCAACAGCUGCGCAGUGCAAAUGUAAAUUCUGGUAAAAUGUCGGAGAAUAAAUUACAACAGUUCAUAUAGUAUAAAGGUUUAUUGGGAAAUUUUUUAAGUUCUAAGUAAGCCAAAAAAGCAGCAAAAUAUAUCCAUUGCCAGUGAGAUGGAGACACCACCAUUGGCAAUAGCAUGAAAAGUUUUACUGCACAAUUGAACAAACAGCAGCAGCGAUCGAAUUUGCACUCCACAUGAUAAAAACUGAACUAGGACUUUAAAAUAGGAUUUAAAAAAUUAAGGAGCAGCUUUCAAUAAUUUUGAAUUUGGUUAUUUGCCUUUUUCUAUUAAGGUAAUACA